AGGUCGGUGAUGAGAGCGGCUUCCUUUGUCUGUGUCCGAGCCCGGAUAGCUGGGGGAGGGGUGAAAAGUGUGAGUCCUUCCCGACCGUCCUCGGAAGCGCAGUGGUCCUGGCAGUCCGUGCAGGUCCAGUUGGUAAACCAGCAGUUCCAGUAGCGCUUCAGUCCUCACAGCCCCUGCACCACAGCAGUUCCAGUUCGUGAUACAGCAGCCUGUACGCCAACAACGCUGCAGCGUCUGUCCUCCCAGCUGGCCCAGCACCCACUCCAGAUUCCCAACAGCAUCUCUGCACGAGUAAACCAGCAGCAGUUCUGCUCUUCGUGCAGCUCCCCAGCAGCACCUUGAGCUCCCUCACCACCUGCCCCCCCGGCUCUACCGGACAGCAGCUCAUAGAUCAGCAGCCCCAGCAGCAACGCCGUCGCCAGCAGCCUGCUCCACCGGUGACCAGCAGCAUCCCUCGGCUUCACCGGUAGCGACUGGAGCCGCGGGAGUCAUGGCCAGAAGGCCGCCCAGCUGCAGCAGCAGAAAAACCUGACACCAGCAGCAGCAACCGCUCGAGGCUUGGCCCUUAACCACCACCGUUGGACCAGCAGCAGCUACGGGAGUCCCCCGGCUGCACCAGCACCGUUCGGCCACACCAGCAGCGGCUGCGGAGCCCUGGCCCACAGGCCACAAGUAGAAACACCCGGGCUAACCCGCUGCUUUUCGCACACCGCUCGGCCUCAUCACUAGCAGCUCCAGCAGCAAGAGCGCGCAGUGGAAACGGCGGUUGCUGGAACUCUGUCCAGCAGCAUCAGUAGAAACCCUAGCAAGCCGGUGGAGACGGCGGCAUAGGCGUGAGACUCCGUUCUGCUUCGACAAGAGCCGCGCUCCCGGUCAGCCUGGUUCCCUAAGGCAGCCUUGAAUCUGCAGCUAUUCGACUAUAGCUGCUUCAUUCCAGCAGCGCCUCUCUCGAUUCUCCUCUGGUUUAUCGUCGGAAGCUUUAUCUGCACCAGCGCUGUGAGUCCUCCCGCAAAUGUUCCGCAGCUCCGCAGAAACGUCGCUCGCUGAGAAGCCUAGCGGUCUGAUAAUUCACCUGUGGUCGCCAGGGAUGGAGGGAGCACUGGCCAGGAGCUCGGACGGAGGGCACCCGGAGCCCAGCGAGGAGCGGGCCUACCGCUGCGCCGACUGCGGCAAGGCCUUCCACCGGCCGUCCUCCCUGGAGAUCCACCGGCGCAGCCACACCGGUGAGCGGCCCUUCGCCUGUCCUGAGUGCGGCCGAGCCUUCAGCCAGUUGUCCAACCUGCGGACCCACCGGCGGAUCCACGGCGGUGGGGCGAAGGAGGCCCUUCCCGAACUGCCUCCACUCCCGGGCCCUGACACCGGCCCGGAGGGGGCUGAGGUGGUGGUAGAACUGGAAGGGGAUGGGGAGCCCCUCCGGCCCUUCCGUUGCCUGGCCUGCAGCAAGGCUUUCGCCAGCCGCUCCCACCUGCGGGCUCACGAGCGGGCCCACACCGGCGAGCGGCCUUUCGGGUGCCCGGCCUGCGGCAAGGCCUUCGCCUGCUCCUCCCGCCUGCUGAAGCACCAGCGCAGUCACACCGGCGAGCGGCCCUUUGCCUGCCCGUCCUGCCCCAAGCGCUUCUCCUGCCCCUCGUACCUGCAGGUGCACCGGCGCGUCCACACCGGCGAGCGGCCCUUCGCCUGCCCGUCCUGCCCCAGGCGCUUCGCCUGCUCAUCCAACCUGCUCACCCACGGCCGCGUCCACCGCGCCGAGCUGCACGGGCCCUUCAUCUGCUCGCAGUGCAGCCGCGGCUUCAAGUACAUGCGCAAGCUGGAGGCGCACCGGGCCACGCACGGCGCCGGGCGCCCCUUCACCUGCCCAGAAUGCGCCAAGCAGUUUGACUACCCGUCACAGCUGGAGACACACCGGCGGGUGCACACCGGCGAGCGGCCCUUCGCCUGCCCCUACUGCACCCGCCGCUUCAGCCGUUCCUAUCACCUACACAUCCACCAGCGGGUGCACACUGGCGAGCGGCCCUACAAGUGCUCGCAUUGCGCCAAGGCCUUCACCUGCUCUUCCUCCUUGCUCAAGCACCAGGCCACACACUCCUGCGCCUGAAAAUGGCCCCGAACUUGUUGUCAUCCCUGUCUGGUGGAGUCCAUUGUUCUCUCACACCCCACUCCCUCCCUUUCUCCUCCUCUCCUCCCUCUCCCCCUCCCUUCCCCUCCCCUCCAUUUCAGCCUCUCCCCUCCCCCUCCAUUUCUGCCUCUCCCUCUCCCUUCCCCUCCUCCUCCAUUUCUGCCUCUCCCCCUCCCUUCCCUUCCCCUCCAUUUCAGCCUCUCCCUCUCCCUUCCCUUCCCCUCCCCCUCCAUUUCUGCCUCUCCCUCUCCCUUCCCCUCCCCUCCAUUUCAGCCUCUCCCUCCUUUCCCCCUCUCCAUUUCAGCCUCUCCCUCUCCCUUCCCUUCCCCUCCCACUCCAUUUCUGCCUCUCCCUCUCCCUUCCCCUCCCCUUCCAUUUCUGCCUCUCCCUCUCCCUCCCCCUCCCCCUCCAUUUCUCCCUCUCCCUCCUCCUCUCUUUCUCCCCCUUUUUCUUUCCUUCUCUUUUACUCUCUUUCUAUUUCUUUCCCUCUCUCCACAAAGUAAAUUUGUAAUCCAGUUACACGUACAGUGUGCCACCAUGCACUACCUUGAGGUCACUUUCUUGCAGACGUUUACAGGAAGAGAAAACCAAUACAAUAAAAUUUAUGGGAAAAAAAACUACAAACAGACCAAGACUGACAAACGACCAACAUGGAAAAGACAAACUGUACAAAUAAAAGAUAAUUCUGAGAACAAGAGUUGUAAAGAGUCCUUGAAAGUGAGUCAGUAAGGAGAUGCAGGUCAGAGUGGAGGUGAGUGAAAUUAACCGUGCCAGUUCAGGAGCCUGAUGGGGAAGGGUACUAAUGCUUCCUGGGACUUGUAGUGUGGGACCCAAGGCUCCUGUACCUUCAUCCUGGUGGAGAAGAGGAUUGUGGGGGUCCUUAAUUAUGGAUGUCGCUUCCAUGUGGCCGCACUCCUUGAAAAUGUGCUCAGUGUUGGGGAGGGCUUUUCCUGUGAUGGAUUGGGCUGCCAUUGGGCUGUUAACUUCUGUGGCUUUUUUUCCAUUGCUGGACGUUGGUGUUCUCAUACGGGGCUGUGAAGCUUCUCUGUCUCUCCCUUUCUGUGCCAUCGGGGGAGUCGGGAUAUCUGUGGCUGCGCGCCUGGAGACCCGAGAUCUUCGCGAUCUUCUGGGACAGAGCUCGAGAAAGGUGGCGUAACGGAUUUCUGUCAUCGUAAGCCCGCGAGUUGUUUGUUAUGUCACCCCGCUCGCUGGGGAAACGGAGACACCUUCUCCCUUAUUAGGGGGAGAGAGAGAGAGUCUGUGGUAUGUUGUAUACUGUACCGGGUGAAACGCAAAGUCUUUGGGGGUAACUGCAAGUCUAUGUCUUUGCUAUUGCUUUGCUCACUCUUGAGAGCCAAUGCUUUUUUUUGCCGGUGGGGGGGAAGGAGGGAUUGUUACCUGCUGCCACUUACACACAGGAGGGAGGGGAGCUUUGGGACUGUCAUUAAUUCCUCUUUUCCUGGAUAUUUGUGAAGAAAAAUGUGUAUUGCACACAUUUCUCCGACAUUAAGUUGGACCUUUGAACCUUUGAUUUGGGAUGGAUGGUUUCCUUAUCCUGCUCAAGGGAUUUCGCCGCUGCAGGACUUAAAAAGCAAGAGGGUUGGUGGGACCACUCCAUGGUGCUGGGACAUAAGUGUCUGAAUUAUAGGAAGAGCUUGGAUAGUCUACGAAUUCAUUCCUUGACGGCGGCUGCAUAGCGAUUAUUUAUUUAUUGAGAAACAACAUGGAGUAGGUCCUUCCAGCCGUGCUGCGCAGAAAACUGAUUUAACCCUAGCCUAAUGAUGGGACAAUUUGCAAUGACCAAUGAACCAACCAACCAGUACUUCUUUGGACUGUGGGCGGAAACCGGAGCACCAGGAGGAAACCCACGCAUCCAUGGGGAGAGCGUACCAACUCCUCACAGACAGCAGUGGGAACUGUACUCUAAAGCGUUGUGUGAACCACUACGCUACCGCUGUGACGCUAUUACAGCUCAGGCUGGCGGAGUUCAGAGUUCCAGCCUGGCGUCUUCUGUGAUGUCCUCCCCUUGGAAUGUAUGGGUACCCUUUGGGUGCUCCCGUGUCCUACCACACUCCACAGGUAUACUGGUUAGUAAGUUCACAAACACGAGAAAAUCUGCAGAGGCUGGAAGUCCAAAGUGACACACACACACACACACACACACACACACACACACACACACACACACACACACACACACACUCACACACACACACACUCACACACACACACACACUCACACACACACACACUCACACACA